CGAUUGCAACGAUAAGGGUUAAAUAGGGUGGCAUAUGGUUCUCGGACUGACAAAGCCAUUUCAUUUGCUAUUUUUUGCUUUGCAGAAAUGAGCGGAAGCAUCCGAGAGAGCAAAGAAAGUAUAUUCACGUACGGCACUGAUACCCCGGCAAAUCACCGCGUAAGCCUGUAUGUGGCCGGCGUGUGCGCCUGCUUGCUCAUCUUGAUUACCACCGUACUUGUGGUGAUCCCAGACGACCUUUACAGUUCCAACCCCAGCCUGGAGACCGAUCCAAAACCUCCAUCCGUGCGGUCACUUGAUUCCCUGCGACCGUCCAUUGCAGGCUGGCCCGAUGUUGGCGGUUCUUGCGAGCUCGAGAGCAAAAAUAAUUCGGAAAAUUGCAAAGUGGUUUGCCGAGAUAUCGGUCAAAGCGGUAACGAUGAAUUUCAACCUGGAGACUUUAUACAACAGCAAGUAGCUGAAAUGUACAUAAACCAAUCGGUUUCUGAAUCCUGCUAUCUGGCGCCAAUUUGGCAGAUGUCGAUUAUUGACACGUAUUUUCCUCACAACACAAUAGCAUCCAAUUGGUUUGUAACGACGAUUAAAACUUCUUUCCCGGGGAUAUCUUCGUUGGAAAUUCAGGAUUGUUAUGGAUUGAACAAGAUUGAAGACAGUGCUUUUGCGAAUUUCCCGUUUGGCACCAACCUUACACAACUGACCCUUUCCCAGAAUAUGGCUCUCAAACAUUAUACCGCUGGAAUCGCAGGAGGAUUGACGGCUCUCACUGCAUUCAACCUGCGUGGAAAUGGCGUUAUGAUGUCGGUGGAUGAGCAUAUAUUAGACCCCUUCAAGUAUUCUCUCCAGGUUUUUGAGAUACAAGGCGGAAUAAAUGAAGCACAGCUCCUAGAAAAAAUGAUCGGCCCUUCUCAAGGCUACUUGAAUUCACUGGUGCUUGUCGACCUCUCAUACAACUCUGCUGGAGAAGGCAUGCAUCGGCUUAGUGCUAACCAAUUAGGUGCACUGAAUAUGGUAGAGAGUCUGACUAUACGCCGUUCUGGCGUUCUCACAAUUGAUGUGGAUACAUUCAACACAAUAUCUGGGAAACUGAAUAUUCUCGAUUUGAAGGAAAACCAGCUAAAAACAAUUCAAAACGGAACGUUUGAUGCUAUGAAGAGCUCUGGCAGAAAAGUCUCGUUAACUUUGAAAGAGCCAGCGUCGCAAAGAGGCAAACCCCUUCUGGAGGCGGAUAUGACCACCGCAUGCCCCGAGGUUACUACAACGCUGACCCCCACAAGCACCACAAAUACGAGGCCAACCACGACAGCUCCUCCUGAACUGGCUGAAUUUGAGUGCAAAUCAUUUGCGUCCCAAACAUACGGUCUGGCAGAAAAGAAAUCUACUGUCGAGAGGAAGCACAAUUAUAUCAAUUUUACUAUCAAAGAACUACCAGAUGACGGGAAGGGAAAGCCUAAGGUGGUUAUUAUAUCAAAUGAUAGCAUGGAGCAGGGUCUGACCCUAGUUUGGCACGACGUUCAAGAUAUCUCCAGCUUGAAUUGCGCAGAAAACUUCAGUAAAGAGUACGCAGUAGAAAACUUGACACGAGAGAAAACGUAUGUCUUCUGCCUGGUUGAAGGAAAAAGAAUUGAAACACCCUCGCAGUGCAAAGGUGUCACUAUCAAGCCAGCGUGGGAGUCCAGAGCAUGGUUCACCAACAAAAGUAUGCCUAUGUGGAUCGGAAUUUUCGUUGUCAUCGCAAUCGCCUGUGCGUUGGUCGGGGCUUUCAGCGUCAUUCUUGCCUUCUGGCGGAAACCGACUUUACUCGCGCUCCACAGCAGAGUAGUCAAGGUGAGGACCUCCAAGACGGAAGCCGUGGUCAUGCCAAAACAAAGCAAAAAGAAUAAAACGGAGCCGCAAGCGGACAACGCUUCAAUUCAUAGUGAUCCAAGUUAUGUCACGGUCAGGAGGGCCAAUCGAGUUAGUUUGGUAGCGUUUCGAUUUCGCGAAUGGCUGCGGAAAGUGGAGAACGGAGAGAUAAGCCCUAAAGAUCCAUACACAAUCGACAUUUGCAACACCGGGUGUAAUAGAGAGCAUGAUAACUGCGCUAACGAGAGCGGGAUUAAAACUGAAUCGUCUAUAUCGAAUCUUUAA